GUAGCUAUAUAUACUUUCCCUCUAAUAACCUUAGGUAUCACAAUUAGGAUCAUCACGAAAUGGCUGCUCCUGCAUGCUACACUUAUUGCAAUUUCUCUCCUGCCACAAAUUCUCUCUCUAAUUCCAAACUCAAACCCAUCAAUUCCCUUUUGUGUGACAGCUUCUUUAAACCCAUAAUUUCUUCAAAGGCGCACCCUUUUUACUCAUUGCCCAGGCUGAGAGUCUGUCAAAGAAAGUUUGCAUCUUUAACCCAGAAACGCUCACAACGGUUAGUGGUGGCGCUUUCUGGACUAGUGGAUGGAAAUUCUGAGACUUAUCCAGAAGCAGAACCCACUGAUUUAAAUGCGGGCACAACUAUUGACACAAAACUUCCUAGAAGGAGCUUGCUUGUGCAAUUUACUUGUGGUGAAUGUGGUGAAAGAACACAGAGGCUCAUUAAUCGAUUGGCCUAUGAGCGGGGGCUUGUUUAUGUACAGUGUGCAGGAUGUGAAAAAUAUCACAAAUUAGCUGAUAAUCUUGGUCUCGUAAUUGAGUAUGUUUUGCGGGAGGACAUAGGUUCGGGAUCAAAUGCAGAUCAAGUUUGAUAAACGACAGUGAACUUCAGUACUUAUACAGCUUCAUUUUUUCGCAUGGUUUCAUGUAAUAUUGUACUUCAAUUUUGCUUUAUUGCAUACGAACUUUGUAAGAACCAUACUCAAAAGAAUAAUUGUAUGAACUGAAAAAAUACAAAAUUUUGACAAUCCAUCGGCAUGCCUUUUACAUUAUAA